AAAUUAACAAAAAUAAGUAUUAAUAAUUUUUCUAUUUUAAAAUUUUUAGCUGUUUAAAAUAACGAUGCAAAAUUUUUCGCAUAUAAUUCAGUACCAUAUAAUCAGUUGCAUAUAAUCAGUUUCGAAGCUAGCUAACCCAAAAUUUGUGUCUGCAUAAAAAAUAUUUGUGAUAUGUAAAUGUAGUCUAUGAUGUCACAGUCUGCACAAGGUCUUCAACAACCAAAAUCUUGGGAACUGAGUUUGUAUGAGCUUCAUCGAACACCACAAGAAGUUAUUACAGAUGAUACAGAAAUUGCUAUAUCACCGAGAUCUCUUCAUAGCGAACUUAUGUGUCCAAUUUGUUUAGAUAUGUUAACUAAUACUAUGACAACAAAGGAAUGCUUACAUAGGUUUUGUCAUGAUUGUAUAAUAACCGCUUUAAGAGCUGGGAACAAAGAGUGUCCUACAUGUAGAAAAAAGUUAAUAUCAAAAAGAUCACUGAGACCCGAUCCUAACUUUGAUUCUCUAAUUGCAAAGAUAUAUCCUAAUCGAGACGAGUAUGAAGCUCAUCAAGAACAGGCACUCGAAAAGUUACAUCAACAUACCAAUCAGCAAGCACUGACCAACAGUAUAGAAGAAGGUCUUCGUAUUCAAGCUAGAAACAGACUGAACCGAAUGCUUAAACAACAGCGCAAGCAAGCAGAACAUGCUCUAGUUGAUCAUUCAGCAACUGUUAAAGAGGAAGAUAGCCCAGUAAUUUCACAAGAUUCUGGUGAAAUGUCGACAGAAAAUAACGAUUCAGCAGUUAUGACUGGAAAACAUAAAGUUUCGAAGAGAAAACACAAAGAUUCUACUGGUUCUCUUACCGAUAAUUCAAACUUUUUAAAUAAUGAAGUAAACGAGGUAGAAGUGCUGUUUCACCCUCAUCCUGCUUGUGAUAUUCUUAAACACUUUAAAUCGCGAUAUUUAAAAACUACGGGAAUUGCAACUGUUGCUCAUUUGUGUCAAUUUUUAGUUACAAGAAUUUCUCUAGAAGAAAUAACUCCGUGUAUCGACUUUGAAGUGUUGGUACGUACGGUCGGGGAAUAUCAGAAACUUGAAAAACAUUUAACUCUUGCAGAAAUUAAACAGCUUUAUUCAAAAGAUUCGACACCACUUGAACUUUUUUUUUCAAGUGAAAAUCGGUAAUUUGUUUAAAAACUAAAUAGUUUAAUAAAUAGUAUUUAUUAUAUUUUUAAUAUUUGCUGAUUAAAAAUCCGGAUUCCACUUACUCCAUUUUAAGAAAAUGUUUUUCAAAUUUUUUCAUAAAAUGUUUUUAAUAUUUUUAUUAUUGUUUUUAUUAGUUUUAACGGGUCGCUUUAUCUUUAUUUGGUUUUAAAAUGCUUCUUUAGACAUUUUUAAAAUCUACUUUCGCAUAUAAUUUACAGUAUUAUUAUCAGUUUAUUUAUCGCUUAUUUAAUUUUAUUAACCGUUGACGCAUUUCUGUGUAAAAUUAAUAAGCUAUUAACAAAUUUAAAAAUUAAACAUCUUCAUAA